AUGAGCUGGGUCUGGAUGGAGUUGCUGGACAAGGAAUCGACGCGGUACAUGAUGCGAAAGGUCGACGAGUGGAAGGCUUCUGGUUCUGAGGAAACCUUCAUGGGGUGGCGCGACGCUCGUGAUAGUGCUUCCGAAGCUGGCACGUGUUUGAUGGAUGCGUUUCGCUGCGCGCUGUACCAUCUUGAUCGGCCCAAUUUGAUUACCAUGGAGAUGUGGGAUGAGUAUGAGAAAACUCGUCCGGAGGCGUUUGCCUUUGGCGUGUCUCGCGAAGACGUCACGGGGUUCUGGAAGACGCUUCAGCGCUAA